GUAACACAAGGACUGGUUUACGGCAAAAACAACGGCAUCCCCAACAUCUGAUCAAUAUAGUUCCAAUAUAGCUAGCGGUAAUAUAGCAGGUCUUAUAAAAUACACGAACAUGCACACGUUUCCAUGAAACCUCUCCUGGUCCGAUUCAUUCCCGUAUUGGGGAUUGAAAUCGGUUUGCGAAGUUGUGUGUUUCAGUGUUUUUAAGCCCAUUUGAAAAUAGAAGAAAGGAAAUAAGCUGACACAUUCUGGCGGUGGGAACCCUGCGGGGUGGGGAAGAUGGCUGGGAAUUGUAACAGUUUUACUUCAGGAUCUGGGGAAAUCAUCCAGCUGAACGUCGGUGGCACGAGGUUCAGCACCUCAAAGCAAACACUAAUGUGGAUUCCAGACUCUUUCUUCUCAAGUUUGCUCAGUGGGAGGAUAUCAACUCUAAGGGAUGAAACUGGAGCAAUAUUUAUUGACAGAGACCCAACAGCGUUUGCACCUAUUUUGAAUUUCCUUCGAACAAAAGAAUUAGAUCUCCGGGGAGUGAACAUUAAUGUUCUCCGACAUGAAGCUGAAUUUUAUGGAAUAACUCCAUUAGUACGAAGGCUGCAGUUAUGUGAAGAACUGGAUCGAUCAUCAUGUGGCAGUGUUCUCUUCCAUGGAUACCUCCCUCCACCAGCUAUUCCCAGUCAUAAGGUUAGUGCUGCUUCAGCACAAGCACAUGUGGCAGCAUCAGCAGCAGUCCUUCCACCAGAAGAAAGAGCUGCACAGAGCAUAUCUGAAGGCGGGGCUCAGUCAGGGAACUGUGUACAGGCCUCUUUAGCUGGGGUUGGGACUGGGGCUGCAGAAGGACCAACGAGGCUUGGCUCCCCUGUGGAUCCACGGAAAGUGCUAAUAGUUGCGGGUCAUCACAACUGGAUUGUAGUUACAUAUGCACAUUUUGUGGUUUGUUACAGUAGGAUAAAGGAGUCCUCAGGCUGGCAACAGGUGUUCUCCAGUCCCUACUUGGACUGGGCAAUUGAGCGUGUGGCUCUCAAUGCAAAGGUGGUGGGCGGUCCCCAUGGGGACAAGGAUAAAAUGGUGGCUGUGGCAUCCGAAAGCAGCAUCAUCCUGUGGAGCAUUCAGGACGGAGGCAGCGGCAGUGAAAUAGGAGAGUUCAGCUUAGGGGUUCCAGUGGAUGCCUUGUUCUUUAUUGGGAAUCAGCUGGUCGCUACGAGUCAUACAGGGAAGGUGGGGGUGUGGAAUGCUGUUACGCAGCAUUGGCAGGUUCAGGAUGUUGUCCCAAUUACAAGCUAUGACACUGCAGGAUCAUUCCUCUUGUUGGGUUGUAACAAUGGAUCCAUAUACUACAUUGAUAUGCAGAAAUUUCCCUUAAGAAUGAAGGAUAAUGAUCUUCUGGUGACUGAACUUUACCAUGAUCCAUCGAAUGAUGCCAUCACUGCCCUGAGUGUCUAUCUCACACCCAAGACAACACCAGCAGUUUCUAAAGCAAUUGGUACUCUAUCACUUAGAGAUGCUGUGUUUUCAGGUGUGAGUGGGAACUGGAUUGAGAUUGCCUAUGGUACAAGCUCUGGGGCAGUGCGAGUGAUUGUACAACAUCCAGAAACAGUGGGGUCUGGUCCUCAACUCUUCCAGACCUUCACUGUACACCGUAGUCCUGUCACCAAGAUCAUGCUCUCUGAGAAACACCUGGUAUCAGUCUGUGCAGACAACAACCAUGUGCGAACAUGGACUGUGACUCGAUUCAGAGGAAUGAUUUCCACCCAGCCCGGCUCCACUCCUUUGGCCUCAUUCAAAAUCUUGUCCCUUGAAGAAACUGAGAGUCAUAGCAGCUACUCAUCUGGAAAUGAUAUUGGUCCUUUUGGAGAGAGAGAUGAUCAACAGGUUUUUAUCCAGAAAGUUGUCCCGAUAACUAAUACACUCUUUGUGCGACUUUCUUCAACUGGAAAAAGAAUCUGUGAGAUCCAAGCUGUGGAUGGCACCACAAUUUCCUCUUUCACAGUGCGGGAAUGUGAGGGAUCAAGCAGAAUGGGGUCCAGGCCACGCCGAUACCUUUUCACAGGCCAUGGAAAUGGAAGCAUUCAGAUGUGGGAUCUGACAACUGCCAUGGACAUGGUGAACAAGGCGGAAGAUACGAAAGAUGUUGAUGUGGGAGGCCCCACAGAAGAAGAGCUGUUGAAACUGCUGGAUCAAUGUGACUUGAGUAGCUCUCGCUGUGCUACCCCCAACAUCAGCCCAGCUACCUCUAUGGUACAGCACAGUCGAUUGCAAGAGUCUAACUCCAGUCUGCAGCUGCACCCUCAUGACACAAUACCAGAGUCGGCUACAUACGGAGCAGUGAGACCAUACAGGCAGAGCCCCCUUCUGGCCAGAGCCAGGCGGACUGAGAGCUUUAACAGUUACAAGGACUUUCAGUCUUUUAACCUGGGUAUUAAUCUGCUGGAGAGGGAAGGUGCUGAGCACGGCAGCUUGUCCCUCGUCCCUUCGUUAGAGGCGAGGAGGAGUACAGUAGAGACCAGUGCUUUGGCCAAGAAAAGUUCAGUGGUAGAUGUUUGGACAAACAGGGGAGAUGGAGUCCCAGAGUCCACCAAGCCACCUCCGGAAAGCCCUGGGGAAUCCAAGAAAAAGGGCCAGGAUGAAGAGAUGGACCUAAAGCAAGAGAUAAAGAAGAGGAGCACAUUUGAUGGAGGGUUCCUGGGGAGGAAGAAGGCAUAUCCAGUGCCUCCGCUCGUCCCCCCUCCCUCGGGAGCAGAAGGAGGGAGCGAGUCAUCUGGCACUGCGUCACCAUCCCCAACAAAAAUGGCCACAUCCCCAAGACAUAAAAAGAAUGACUCCUGUUGUCAGGAGCAUAGUUUAUGAUUUGGGUAAAAAAUUUGAAUCAACUAAAAUUAAUGGUGUUUUUGACUUAAAACACCAGGGUGCAAUUGAAGAUGACCAUAAGUGCACCAUUCAAGAUUGCCUUGGAAGUGGCCAACAGGAUUCCGUUGUAAACUGUGAUUUUUAUUUUAAUUGUAUUUUUUUUUAAAUCUCGAUCAGUGGAUCUCAAACUUUUUGUAUCACUCCCUCUUCCUCUUCGCUGUGGUACUUGACGUCCCCUCCAAACACGUGUACAUAUAAAUGUACAUGUGUCCAUUGUAAUAAGGGCAAACUUACCACUGCAAAUGAUAGUUCACCGAUUGUGUCCAGCUCUUACUUAUGUGCACACCACAUAGUAAGCCAAUAAACAACACUACAUGGCAGUGGACUUUGUUCAGUUAUAUGCAAGCUUAAAUAAAAGGCAUCAGUGGGAUGUACCGUGCCAUCUAGAAACUCUGACAUGCCGGAAGGUGUCAGCAGUAAGAUUUGAUUUAAGUUAAUAAGCUAAGAUGUGCGUGGCAAUUAAAAAAAAUAAAAUACAGACAAUCUAAAAAGAUAAAUAAAUACAUUCCUGAACAUUCUCCCACCUGCCCCUCAGGAUACAUUCUACGACCCCCCCCCCCCCAUGUUUGAGAACCGCUGAUCUAGAUAAUUCUUUAGAAACAAGCAUGCAUGAGUUUUGCUUGAGGUAAAGCACUAAUUAUGUGUUCUAGGUAUUUAGCAGGAAUGGGGCAUAAAACAGGAUCACCCAUAGCCAUAAAGGAAUGCUAAUACGAUUCUUAAUGCCAGUGGGUGUCUUUUUUGGGAGAUGUUUUUUGGAGAUCCCCUCUCGUAUUCCUACCUUAAUGUUCAUCCUUCUAUAAUUUAGCUUUCUCCACAGUAGGGGUGAUGUCUGAAAAAAUGUAAACUUCUAGCCUAGCUUGCUAUAUUUUACACUACACUGUUCAUAAUCACUAAAGCUUUAAAAUUACACUAAUGUAAAAUCCAGACAUUGGGGACAUGGAAAGCUGAUAUACUAAACCAGCAGUAUUGCUACUGGUGAGGAUUAAUGUUCACAAAGCAGGGAUAGGGAUGUUCGUGUAGUACCAGUGUUACAUUGGAUGGAUGAAACCAUGCAAACAAAUGCAUAAUAAAGCGCACCUCGGUACCUUGGGCAGGGAUUAUUAUUGGUAAUGCAAUUUCUUUUUUUGGCAAGGUUAUCACAUAAAAUGUACAUCUGUGGUGCUAUCAAAGCUGGCCAGAGUGCAGCACAAUUAGGCUACCAAGACCUUGCUGUUUGUUUAUUAAUAGGAUGCCUUUUGAAAAAAACAAACAAUUAAACCAAAGCAAGCUAUUUAUAUUUUCUUUUUUAGUAUUUUAUCAUUGUUAUUUUGGUAAUCCAGUCUAUAUUUAGUGUUCUGUUUUCAUUUACAAUUACACAUUACCUCUGUGUACUUUCCCUGCAGUGGUGCAUUUGAGGUGUGGUGUGUUGCUACUGUAGCUGUGUGAGAUUGAUUUUAAGAGAAAAUGGAUGAAACUCUGUAAUUGAAAUUAUUCCAAUUGUCAUCAGUGUAAGGAGCUACCACCAUAAUUAAUGAUACAUUUCUAAUUUGACCGAGAAGCCUCACAAGCAUAUAGUCUGUAUCACCAAACUUAUAAAUGUGUUAGUGUAUUGUCUUAUUUUUUUACUUUUUUAAUGUUUAAGCUUCUUAUUUUUAUUGAUGCAUUAAUAAUAUUGUUUUAUAUGUAUUUGCACUCUCCUUAAAGAAAAGAAAAAACUGCCCUGUAGUGUACUGAAUGAAGAGACUUUCGAGGCAAAGAAAAACAAAUGUACUCCCUGGUUUAAGUGAAGUAUACAGUUACAAAUUAUUUUUGUAGUUUUGUAGUAAGAAAUUAAGUUAUUUGUCCAGAGGGGGGAAAUAUCACUGAAUCUUUUUUAAAUAGUAUGACAUCUCUGCUGCACUAAACUGUCUAUUUCUAGCAAUCUGCUGCCAUUUUGCACAACACUAGUGUUAAGCUUGUUUACAAGUAAAAUCCAGGAAGGAACAUGUACAAAUGUAUGGUAAUUUGUCUCAAACAAACUGUAUAUACAUAUUUGUAUGUAAUGUUACGAUGGAAUGACCAAAACUGUACCAAUCAUUCAGAAAAUAGCUUUCAAUAGCAAUCUCUGUAUUGCAAAUGUCUGCAUUUGCUGUAUAAGAUUUACUUAAAUUUGUCAUCUUAAAAUGUUUCCUGGAUUUUACCUAACAUUUUUUUUGUUUUUGGGUAGCUUAGAGCUAUUAAAGAAAGAAUCCCUGUGCAUCUAGUUACUUGUACUUCAAUAUCAUAGUGCAGUAGUACUAAAUAGAAAGCUUGUAAUACAUUUAUUCAAACAUUUCAGUGAAGUCCUGUGUUAUAGCACAGUGCAAACAGACAGCUAGUGGCAAAUGGAGAUCUUUACAUUUUUUCUCUUGGAAGGCUUACUGAUCCUUUCACAGUAAAUGUGACCAGAACUUGUGGAAUCUACUUCAAAUUCAGAAAUAUUUUCGGAUGCUUCGCAGAGCUUUUAAAAGUUUGUUACAGUAAGUUACCCAGAGUUGUCAUUUUGGUUGCUACUUGGUGAUUGAUAAAGCCAUUGAUAGAGGGAAAUAAUUAAAGUUAGAAGGGAUACAAUAAACUAUCAGUCUAAAAAAGUACAAAUAUAAUAUUUGAAGAGAAAUAAAUGUUUGUAUCAAAUGGUAAAGCCAAGCCACCACAAACAAACCUAGCUUCUUGAAAGUUCUUCAUUUAGAAUUUGGUAGCUUUACAGUACUGGAAACCACUUGCUUAUUUAUGGUCAUCUAAACUCUGGGGAUGAAACUGAGUGGGGACCUUGAACACUACACAAAACAAAUGUAUGUUAAAAUUAGGUACGGUGAAAAUGUACAUAGAGCUGGUACCUGGAUUCAACCCCGAAAAAUAAGAACAUGCACAAGCUUUAUUGCUCUUUCAUUUCACAGCUGUCACAAAUAAUAAAAAGUG